AAAUCAUGAGCAUUGAGAACUUUCCCAAGUACAGCUCCAAAACGGUUUGAUAAAAUGAUGGUUCAGCAGAUGUGAAUUAAGGAUUAAUGAACCGAAAGAAAACCGGAGAUAACCAAGGAAUUGGAGACUCCAUGCAUGUUUGUUUAUUUGGGAGUCAGAAGAAGAAACGGGUGGCGGCAUUUUUUGAUCGAACAUCCUCUCUUAAGUCUCUCUCCGUCGAUGGCGUUCAUGAGUGACUCAGACGAGGAGGCGAUACUUAUCGCGAACAAGCAAUCUAAACUUCUCUUCGAGGAAGCCGGUCGUGAUAAGACGACUUUGAACUUGAACGGCGCUAGUGAAGAAGGCGCAGAUGCCACAAUUUUGCAUCAUCCAGCGGCGGAGGGGUCGAAGUCACAGCUCGAGAUUCAAGGCCAGCGACGACGAAGACUUCGUCGUUCAAACCGGCGGACGGCUUCCAAGCAUUCAAAACCGGCGAAGGCUAGCGAUGGAGAUGCCAAAUCACAGGAUAAGAUGACUCCUCCUACUUCGGAGGAGCUUAAAAUCGCGCACGAGGAACUAUUCAGCUUCCUGGAACCAAUAAUUUUGCGGCAGCAAGCAGCAGUGGCCAAGGCGUUUAAAUCAAAGGAUUCUUUUACCUUAGAGCUAGAGUAAACUAAUAACAAAUGACUGAACCCAAAAAAAAAAUCAUCUUUUUUAUGUUGACUUUGACUUGUUUGUUUGUUGUUGAAUGUUGAUGCUAAU